GCCGGACCUGUCGCCGCUAUGUGAGUGCCAUCAGUCCGUCAGCCGUCCCCAACUCUCACUCACCUCACACCUCCUCCCAUCUUACAAUUACACUCCAACCUCGUUCGCACGUCUUUCGUCUGUGAAAUCCAUCCAGUCUUUCUCGUCAGGUCCCCAUUCUCCAAAUCAACACACCCCUCCCCUUACAGCUAGCUACAAGUUUAAAACCCAGUUCGUCCCCCUCUCCCACCUCCCAGUUGUAUGUACAUAGAAGGUAGGUACCGGAUCCUCUUUGCCUCAUCCCCCCUCGUCACCACACUCCACCUUGACCUUGUCGCCGUUGCGGGCUCUCUCUCAGUAGUGUAUCUCUUGGCUCUCCAUCGAGCACCGUAUCUAAUCGACGUCGUUGGCCACACGCCCCACUUCCCCAAAUCAACCCUGGCUUGGUAUUAAGGUAAUAAGAAGAGCUUCCACCCCGAUCAGGGAGGGGACCAGCAGUGCGUUCGAGGGACGGUGCUUUCACUCGCUAUCCUUUCCAAUAUUACCGAAAAAGAAGAACGAUAAGAAAAAGAAGGAGGAGAAAAGAAACAAAAUCCUCAACUAUCAUCACCACCCACUUACCUUCGUCCUAUGUCAUAAUUUGCCUUCUAGUGGUUAUCUGAUUUUGCCUCUUCUUCGGCCGCGUGCCUCUGGCCCCGGUUCUAAGAAACAAAAUCAAAAAAAGAGACGGGAUAGCAACGUGCCUGGCAGAAAGGCUCAAGCCCAAGCUCGAUUCGGAAAACAAGACCGACAUACUAGAUUUGGAACUGGAACAGAAACUUCGACGGAGCAGGUCCGGCCCAACACGCAAUCUGUACCAGUCUCAUUCGAUCCUGACGAGACACUCCUUGUGUGGAAGAGGCAAAAGGCGGCAAAAAAAACCAAACCGAAGCGCAAAUCUUCCUCUAACUCGCCAAACAGAGGAGGACCUGCAUAAUCCAGCCAGAAAACAAACAAGGGGAUAUCAAAAUCCAGAUACGCAUCUGACGUUAGGAAAGCGAUGAGCCCGGUCGUUUGGUGUACAGCCCAGUCCGACUUUCCACAACGACCACGGCACUACCAGCAAAAGCAAAAACAAAAACAGCAACAACCCCGUUCCAGCAACUAAUGGCAUCUGCAGUACGUGUGCACCCAGAGGCCUUCUGAGAAGCAACAUGGUACCGCCGCCGCCACUAGCUUCCUUCUGAUGCAUACAAGACGAAGCGAGGUGUAGACAAGUGAUUCUUCCAAGAGUAGGAAACACCAUUCAUGUCGAUCUGUCCCGCUUCCUAUACGUGCUGUCUACCUACGGAUUCGACCAACUCUCAAAGUGUCGUCGUCGUCAUCGUCGUCGGCUGGAGGAGGACGCCCUCGAGGCCCGGGAGGAAUGGCGGCCGACCCUCACAACCUCCCCAAUCCGGGCCUCGACAGCGCCAUCCGCCAACUUCUCGACCAGCAGGCCGAUAUCCAGGCCCGGCUGGCCGCCUUGCUACCUACAAAGUAUGGACCCAAUGUCAAGCUGGAGCUCAACAUGCUCCGCCAUAAACUGCGAGGUUUGCAGGCCUACUCCGAAGUGCAUCGUCUUUCUUCCAAUGCCCCUAUCAUCUCCGAGCUUGAGGAGGCCAGGUCAUUGCAAUACCGGUGCGAGUGCAUCGAGACUGCGUUCCUAGAGCAAGGUUUUGACUUAUCAGACCCCAGAAUGGUAGAUGCCCUUAAGCGGUCGCUGUACGACGAAGCACCGGCAGGAUACGCAGCCUGGUUGGAUCGAAAUCUUACUAGCUACGAUCCCGUUGUACGCGGAUGGAAAAUGAGAGAAAGCCUGUCACCGUCAUCUCGGUCCACAUCGUCAUUCAAAUGCUGGGACGAGCGUUGCAUACAUUACAUCUACGGCUUCUACAACAAGGACGACCGAGACAGCCAUUCACGCGAGCACACUGUUCACGCCCAUCGUGACUCGGGCUUGUCUGUUGGCAAUACCCCUCCGCUCCCCUUUCCAGACCACACGACAGCCCGACCGUGGGUUUCCGAUGUUGGAAAGCAGCCCCGAGCGCUUCAGCUCCCGAAACCGUCCAUCGGUGCACAACUGGCUCCGUUAGUGACAGCAAGUCAGUCCAGGGACCGCCGUGAUACUUUACAGUCCUACACCAUGGCAUCGGAACAUUCUGGCCCUGGGCGAGGCUCUGUCGAUUCCGAGGUCGAUCCUUUGCUCCCCCCUCUUAAGCGUAGUAGAGUUGGCCAGUCUCGACUCCAGUCCAUUGGCGAGCUGAGGUUGCUUCAGGACUCGGGGCCUUGUUUGCGCUGCAUUGCAACAAGGCAGCCAGUAAGAUCAACGAUCUCUAGCAGUGAUCGUCGUCAAGCAACUAACCAUCGAUGGCAGUGCGACUCUAACGAGCUGUGUCACUACUGUGCAGACCGCCCCCUUAGUCCAGGCAGUGAUUUUUGGAAAGCAAUCGGUUGUCAUCGCGGCCCUCUCGAUGUUUUAUCCGACGUCAUGCUUCCGAGUGCAAUAGCGCCAGUGUCUCCCAUACAGACCCAGACUCCGAUCACAUCACCGCUCACUCAGCGGAGAAGCAUGAACGAGCAUCUGGAAAACCACUGCCGCAUAUCACCGGACAUCCUCCAUGCUGUCAAGUCGAACCUUGACUUUGAUGACGGCUUUUGGUGGACAGAAGGGCUGAUGAACCUGCCACUGGCUAACCCCAUACUUCCAAACUACUCUAGGGAAGCGAUCGAGCGACCACCACCGAUUCUGAGUAUACUCACAGCGAGUUGGAACGGAGGGGCAACUGCAUACAACUUUCUCCAUCUUUUAAAGACGAGUGGCUUGAUUACACCAACACGAGAGAUGGAAGAGACGGCAUACCCAGUGCUGUAUCGAGCGAAAGUUCUCCUGCGGGAGGUCAUAUUUUGGGAUCUCGAACAACCGGAACCCUCAAUCUAUCUGGACGGCGGCCCGCCGCACCGGUCCCCCUUCACCGACGAGAUAGACCAAGAAGCGCAUCGUCGGCUGGUCUACAGCUGUAUGGCACAAUUUCUCCAGGCAUUCGAGAGCGCAACUGUCAGAAAGGGACCACAGGACCCGAAAAGCUGGCUCGCUGUGUUCAUCGCGUUGUGCAUUUUCAGCAUUGUCCGCACAAUCAUGGUGGACAUGACGUCGUGCCUACACAGACGCCAAUCAUCUCAGACACCACCGACCUGGAGCGGAACAAGCAGCGUACACGCCAUGCACAGCGUCUACAAGCUCUUGGUGACGAUCUUCGCUACUUCUGGGCCAAUGCUGCUCGACGAGCAACCAUUCGACCUAGAUGAACGGGGCAGGACUGCAAUGGAAUCCUUGAAUGCGAUUGUACGAAGGGAUGUUUGGAUCCAGCAUGGUUUUGCGUCCUCGAAGGAUUUCCUGAUGCACCUUGGAGAUGGUGAAAUGGAAGGCACAGUCACGUUCAACGGCUUUCUGAGACAGAGGAUUCCUCUGCAGACAGGUAUAGUCGGUCUACCGUCCAUUGUCAAACUUGGCGGAGAACCAAGGCAUGCCAUGUAUGAUCCCCGGGCUUUGGGCGAUCCUUGGAUCCCGCACCCGGCCCCUCUGUCGGAACGAGAUCCUUUUGGGACGUCGGGAGGCCCCGAAUUCCUCACAUCUCCCCAGGGGUUAGACUCUUUAGGUCGCAGGCACACGGUUGGGGAGAGCCCAACGUUCCCUCGAGGACCAAUGCGGCCCCUGGAAUCCCCGCUGACAGGCAGUAGAGGGCGGCCUACGUACCAGCGGCCGCCAUUACGUCGGGUCUACUGCAUCAAAUGUAACGAGUAUCCAGAAGGAUUCAGGGGCGAGCACGAGCUACGAAGGCAUACCGACGCCAAACAUGCCUCCCUAGUCAGGCGCUGGGUGUGCACCGAGCCAGACAGCCAUAGCCCGACCCUUCCACAACCCGUCAUUUCGUUAUCGAAAUGCAAAGCAUGCGUGACGCAGAAACGGUACGGAGCGUAUUACAAUGCGGCGGCACAUCUCCGGAGGGCACACUUCAACCCACAUAGGGGUGGAAAGGCCAGCGGUGACUGGCCACCCAUGACUAUCCUGAAGGACUGGAUGAAAGAGGUGCGGCAAUCUGUCGACAUCCAGGAUCAAGACGAUUCAAGUGGAGGGGAAGACGUUGACUACAAACCGCCACCGGAAUACUUAACUCAGGCGCCGCCCCCGCCCCCGCCUCCGCCGCCACCAUUGGCGGCGGUCCGUUCUCCCACUUUUGGAUCAACAAUUCUUGCAGCAGCGCCGCCAAAAAUUCCCUUGACGAUCGCUCCCGCGGAGCCGAUGAGUUUGUCCCAGAUGAACAGCCCGUCGAACAAAACACUAGAUAACCGCACGCGUUGCCCUCACCCAGACUGCGGUCGGGUAUUCAAGGACCUAGCGGCACACAUGCUCACACAUCAAGAAGAACGGCCAGAGAAGUGUCCCAUAGAAACGUGCGAGUACCACACCAAGGGGUUCGCGCGGAAGUACGACAAGAACAGGCACGCCUUGACACAUUAUAAGGGAACAAUGGUUUGUCCCUUUUGCCCAGGGGUGGGAACUGCAUAUGAGAAGGCAUUCAAUCGAGCAGACGUCUUCAAACGCCACCUUACGUCGGUUCACAACGUGGAACAGACGCCACCCAACAGCCGGAAGCUCAUCAUCGGCGGAUCUGGCAACAUCCACAGCGACGGGGCCAAGUGCUCCAUCUGCCAAGGCUACUUUGGGACGGCUCAAGAGUUCUACGAGCAUCUCGACGACUGCGUUCUCAAUGUCAUCGUACCAACGUCGGCGAAAACACACAGAGAUGCAUCCGCGUUGCCCUCGACGUCAGGUUUAGAAGAGAGGGACCGACUCGGCGAGGAGAACGCAAAACCCAGGUCACCUAUGGGCGAGAAGAUGGACAUGAACCUAUAG